AUGGUGAAGUACAGAUUCUGGCUCUUCACGUCCAAACUUCUGGCCCUGCUCGGAUCGAAUGCAAUUCAGCAUGUUCUAGCCGACUUUGACGCGUCUGCCAAUUCCAAUUUGGCCAUGUACUGGGGUCAAAACUCGUACGGCGAGGUUGGAUCGCAGGAUGAUCUGUCCAGCUAUUGCGAGGACUCGACGAAUGAUAUACUCCUCUUGUCUUUUGUGACUGUGUUUUUUGGUACCGGUGAUCUUCCGGAGAUCAACUUUGCUGGAUCGUGCGAAGGCAGUUAUUUCGAUGACAGCGAGCUUCUCGACUGUCCGACUAUAGCUUCCGAUAUCGUCACCUGCCAGGAUAACGGGAAGAAGAUCUUUCUCUCUCUUGGUGGAUCUAGCGGUUCCUACGGAUUUGACAACGACACCGAGGCCGAAGAAUUUGCGACUACGAUCUGGGACAUCUUUGGAGGUGGAUCCUCAGACACUCGUCCGUUUGGCACUGCUGUUGUCGAUGGUUUCGAUCUUGAUAUUGAAGGUGGAAGCUCUACCGGUUAUUCUGCUUUCGUUACCAAGAUGCGUAACUAUUACGACGAGUAUGUUGCCGCGGGAGGAAAGCAAAUGUACAUCUCUGGCGCGCCGCAGUGCCCGAUUCCCGAUUCGUUCUUGAACGAUGCGAUGGAGACGUCGUACUUUGACUUUUACUUUGUUCAGUUCUACAACAAUUACUGCGGCAUCAAUUUUUGGGAAGAGGGCACGUCGACUACGUUUAACUUUGAUGCCUGGGAUACUUUUGCCCAGUCAUCGGGUUACAAUCCUGACGCAAAGGUCUACCUCGGAGUUUCAGCGAGCUCUGAUGCUGCUGGAACUGGAUACGUCGAUAUCGAUACAUUGACUACAGUUAUCUCAGAACUUGCCUCUACAUAUACUAGCUUUGGCGGUGUUAUGAUGUGGUACGUAUGCCAAUUCUAA